CGACAAGCAGAAAGAACCACUUCGUUCGGAAACUCCUCUCUCUUCUCAUGCGGGAUUAAGCACAGAAGCAGUUAGCAAACACUAAAGAAGAAGCAUGACCCGAAAUAGACGUAAAGUCGCAAUAAUUGACGUAUAAGAGUCUCCCCUCCUUACGGUUACGGCCUUUCCCAACCCAACCAGCUUCCCGGAUCCAUCAGAACCGAGAAACCCUGGUAUCAUAACCUAUACCUGAGCAGCAAACUCAACGAAACUACGUCGUUUUUCUCCAAAGCUCGGACUCUAACCGUAUCACCUCACUCAAUCACUCCAAGACACUCACUAAAUUCAAACUCCAAUUUGGAAUUCGAACUUUUGCCAAAAAAUCUUCGCAAUUUCGGUAAGUUGUUUAUUAUUCUUUUUUGCGUUUAUUAAAUGUAUGAUUACGUUGAUUUUGUUUUUAAUUCUGGAUAAAAAUGUCGGUGUUUGUGUCUGAAUGGGUGUAGCCAUCUGCAUUGGUAUUCAAGCUCUGAAUUUUAUUCUGCUUUCGAGUUACGGUUUUUCUGCUUCCUUUUUCUGGUACUUUAAGUUUUCCGAUGAAAAUACAUGGCUAUGAAUGUUUAUUGGUAUCUUUGAGCUCCUUGGGUUUUUCAUAAAUAGGAAUUUUUUUCUCUGGUACCAUUUUUCAGGUUGUUGGAAUGUGUUUAACUGCUGAUUGAGACAUAUUCAAAUAACUGCAGAGAUUCCAUUAUGUCUAGACAUAUGUUUUCCACUUUUUUCUUCACAUUCUGUCUCGUCACUGACAUGGGAGUCACUCUCCUACCUACUCUAAUCCCAUAAAAACCUAACAAUUUUACAGCUCUAACACAGUGCAGAAUUUUUGCUUUUGAUCCACAAUGCCAAGAAACGAUGACGUCCGCUUCACUUCUUGCUCUAUCAAGCUUCCACCACUUGGUCACAAUUCCUCUGUCACUUUCUUCUCAAAGCUCCAAUUCACCUCUCAGUUCUUAAUCAAUUCUCUAAUGAAACCCCAAAAGCCUCUCAAUUUCAACUUUAACCUCAAAAAGAAGUCCAUCACCAAUUUCUUUACUAAUUUCCCUAAACCCCCGAAUUUGCUUAGUUCCUUCCGUUUUCACCCUCCUUUGAAGUCCUCCCUCCUCUGCUCUGCUUCUCUUGCACUUUCUGAUGGUGGUAAUGCCGAGUCUGACUUGAGUGGGUCCACGAAUCAGACAGUGCUGAAGAGUCCGAGCCAGACUCAGAUUACAAGUCGUGAUGAAGAGAGGGUUUUGAUAAGUGAAGUGUGGGUGAGGAACAAAGAUGGAGAUGAACUCGAAAGGAAGGAUUUGGAGAGUGAGGCCAAAAAUGCUUUGAAGGCUUCCCGACCGAAUUCAGCAUUGACCGUUCGUGAUGUUCAGGAGGAUGUUCAUCGGAUAAUUGCUAGUGGAUAUUUUGCCUCUUGCAUGCCGGUUGCAGUCGAUACCCGGGAUGGCAUUCGACUGGUGUUUCAGGUAGAACCAAACCAAGAGUUCCAGGGGUUGGUGUGUGAAGGAGCUAAUGUUCUUCCAUCAAAGUUUAUAGAGGAUGCCUUUCGUGAUGGAUAUGGAAAAGUGGUUAACAUCAGGCGGCUGGAUGAUGUUAUAAACUCCAUUAAUGGUUGGUAUAUGGAGAGGGGUCUUUUCGGCAUGGUAUCAGGUAUAGAGAUUCUCUCUGGUGGCAUUAUUAGGUUACAGGUUUCAGAAGCUGAGGUCAACAAUAUGACAAUACGUUUUCUUGACAGGACUGGAGAGCCAACUGUUGGCAAAACAAGGCCUGAAACAAUACUACGCCAACUUACCACGAAGAAGGGACAGGUGUACAGUAUGCUUCAGGGGAAAAGAGAUGUGGAUACCCUGCUAACUAUGGGUAUUAUGGAAGAUGUUAGUAUAAUUCCUCAGCCUGCUGGAGACAGUAACAAGAUUGAUUUGACAUUGAAUAUCGUAGAGCGCAAAAGUGGAGGGGGAAUCUCAGCUGGUGGUGGAAUUUCGAGUGGGAUAACAAGUGGCCCUCUAGCUGGACUGAUAGGAAGCUGUGCAAUUUACCACAAAAAUCUAUUCGGGAAAAACCAAAAGCUUAAUGUGUCAUUGGAGAGGGGGCAAAUUGACUCAAUAUUCAGAAUUAACUAUACAGACCCAUGGAUUGAAGGAGAUGAUACAAGGACCUCAAGGUCAAUCAUGAUCCAGAAUUCAAGAACCCCUGGUACACUUGUUCAUGGGAACCAACCCGAUAGUAAUAGCUUUACGAUCGGGCGUGUAACAGCUGGAAUUGAAUACAGCCGGCCAUUCAGGCCAAAGUGGAAUGGAACUCUGGGACUUAUUUUUCAGCGUGCUGGUGCUCAUGAUGACAAAGGCAAUCCUGUUAUAAGGGAUUUCUAUAGCAGCCCACUUACAGCAAGUGGCAAUACCCAUGAUGACAUGCUACUAGCUAAACUUGAGACUGUUUAUACUGGUUCUGGAGACCCAGGUUCUUCAAUGUUUGCUUUUAACAUGGAUCAGGGAAUUCCUGUUUGGCCAGAAUGGCUAGUUUUCAACAGAGUGAAUGCUCGUGCGAGGAAGGGAUUGGUGCUUGGUCCUGCUUGCCUUCGUUUAAGUUUGUCUGGUGGACAUGUUGUGGGAAAUUUUCCACCUCAUGAAGCAUUUGCAAUUGGUGGCACCAAUAGUGUGCGGGGUUAUGAAGAAGGAGCUGUUGGAUCAGGUCGGUCUUGUGCAAUUGGUUGUGGAGAAGUUUCAUUCCCUCUGACAGGGCCAGUUGAAGGGGUCAUAUUUGCUGAUUAUGGAACUGAUCUUGGAUCUGGAUCUACUGUGCCAGGUGAUCCUGCUGGUGCAAGGCUAAAGCCCGGCAGUGGAUAUGGCUAUGGGCUUGGCAUCCGUGUGGAUUCUCCUCUGGGGCCUUUAAGACUUGAAUAUGCAUUUAAUGACCAACGUACAGGGAGGUUUCACUUUGGGGUUGGCUUGCGGAACUAAAAUUUCCUUGCAUGUACCACUCACUCUCUCUGGUAUCCUUUGUUGCUUAAAAGUGCCUAAAUUUUGUCUUCUGGAAAUAUCUGGUGUGAGGAUGAAAAACAAUGUUGUUUUCCUUUUCAUAUGGAAGCAAAUUGAGAUAAAUUUACCUCUUUCAGGCAUAAUGAGGCAGUCUUAAGCUUGUUGAGAACACUAAUCAUGUAAAUUUUGGUACAAAGCAAUUUUCAUUUUUCAUUUUUUUUUUCAGUUUAAUCUUGUAGUUUAAAUACAAAUUUUCAGACAAUUAGUGGUAA